AUGGCUUAGCAAUAGGGGAAUGAAACAAUAGUACCUAUUUUGGUUACUCAGGAGGAAUAUAAUGAAAUCAUGAAGUAACCAGAUUACAUGUAACAAUAACUCUUAUAGUAAUUACAAUAAAAAAAGUAUGAGGAACAAUAAUAAAUAUAUCAACAUCCAUAUUUACAAUAUCAGAAUUAUUAAAAAUAAUAAGAUAAUAGUAAGAUUGAGACAUAAUCACCAGUCCCUUCAUAUCCUAUUAAUAACUCAAAUUAAUAAUAACAAUAGUAUUACUACACACCUUAGCAAUAGCUUUUAUAAUAAUAUAAUCAAAAUUUAAAUUAAAAUUACAUACAAAAAGUAGUCUUGCACCAUAAAGAAGUUGAAGUUGCUUGUGAACGUGAAGUUUAAUUUUUCAAUCAAAAUCUAGCUAAAUACUUUUCGUUAGAAUUAACAAUUUCCUUAUUGCUCAACUCUGUUUCAGCAUUAUUUCGAAUGAAGAUUAUUAAUCAUUAUUGGCACUGGAGCAGUGAACUAUGGGUUGUUAUAAGUCUAUACAUUUUGUUGAAUUUAUUUAUAUUGACUAAUCCAAAGCUAAUCUUAUAAGUAUUCAUUUAUAAUAAAUUCUAGAAAAAUCAUUAAAAGUUUGCAUAUGUUUUACAUGUUAUUUUAUAUUCCUUGCUAUUAUAAGGAUUGUAAAUAGCAAUAUAAGGAUAUGAGUACUUCUUUUGGAACUAUUUCUAUUUCUUUUAUUUUAUGAUUACUUCUAGCUUCAUUUCAGUCUGUUAUUUUAUUUAAUAAAAAGGAAUAAAUUAAUCCUUGAGCACUUAUUUACCAGCCAUAAUAGCUCCUCCAAGCAUUAUAUUCCUGCUUUAACUGAUUUGCGUCCAGAGAUUUUACUUGCCAUUGUUUUUAUGGGGAAUUGUGAUUGUAUUUCUUGCCUUGGGACUGAUAUUACUAUUUAGAAGAAUAAAUAAAUUGGGAUAUGUAAAUUUAUUUUAGUAUUCUUAGAACAAACAUCAAACCAAUGAUUUUUAUGCCAUGGCAUCCAUUUUACAUAUGUUAAUGAUCAGUCCAUUUUAUGAUAACGAAUGA